ACCACAAUCCCGGAAUCUCAUGUAACGUUGUUUCUGGAAAAGGCUGAACGCGUUUAGGCUCGCCAUGCCGAAGACCUCCUCCCCGCCCCCAUCGCAAGACAAUGGCUCUUCCGUCGCAGAUGGCUCUUCAAGAGCGAGUGCCCUGCUGUGGCAGGUCUGCGAAGCCCUGGUCAUCUUCAUUGCAUGUCUUUCGUUCUUCACCAUGUUCCUGUCAUGGUUUGUAACCCUGUCACUUGUUCACCCUAUCAUAUUUUCCUCUUCGGCUGCAGUGCAGACGACAUUCUGGAAUGGCUAUCGAGGCGAUGAGCCUCGGUGGAGAUAUACUGGACCAGACACUAGCCCUGAGUUCUGGUUCAGCGAGACACAAGGUGCUCUCGCAACGAUGCAAGCGACAUUUUGGAAUGGCACUUACUGGCCAAGUACAAUACAAUGGAUUGGCGCUCUGAUUGAUACCAUUGUGGCUUCGUCCGAGCGUACUUUCGUUGACGGCCUUCAGGUCUACGGAGAUGAGACGAAGGUCCAACUGGAGAGCGAUAUCCGCAAUUACUACUCACAGAUUCAAGCUUAUUACGAUAGUGAGGAUACUAUACAGAUAUUCGACGCAGCAUAUGACGAUGCACAAUGGGUCGUAAUGGAAUGGCUCGAAGUCAUCAGAUUCAUCAACCAGUACCAAGCAUACUCACAAUCCGGACUUGGGAUAGACGAUAUUUCGGCUUUUGCGCAUCGAGCACACAUCUUCUACAAUAUCGUUCAAGAUAAAUUCAAUACUUCGCAAUGCGAGGGGGGUCUGACCUGGAACCCGGCACUCGAGACUUACAAGAACGCAAUCACCAAUGAGCUGUUUGUGUCCAGCUCCAUUAUGAUGUACUUUUUCUUCCCAGGCGAUAGCGAUACCGAUCCUUACCCACAUCCCAAUUACACUGCUCAAACCAACAAAACGCUUCCUCCCUUGCAGCCAAUUUCAGCACACGAUCCGAUCUUUCUGAAGAAUGCGCAGGACGAAUGGGCGUGGUUCAAGACGCAUAAUUUCACGAAUGCACAAGGAUUAAUCGUCGACGGAUUUCAUAUUACGCCGAACCAGACCACUUGCGACGAACGAAACGAGAUGGUGUAUACCUACAACCAAGGAGUCAUGCUGACCGGUCUUCGUGGGCUAUGGGAGGCGACAGGACUUACCUCUUAUCUGGAUGAUGGCUACAGUCUAAUCGAAACAGUAAUCAAUGCCACAGGCUGGGAUGCGGAUGUCUCUGACCAAGCCAGUGAAUGGGCUGGUCUGGGUCGGAAUGGUAUACUUGAAGACUACUGCGACGCUCCUGCGAAUUGUUCUCAGGACAAUUUGAUCUUCAAGGGUGCUUAUUUCCAGCACUUUGACUACUUCUGCACAUCACUACCUACCGAUGUGCCUCUUGUUGAUGGCAUUAGUGUGUUGGCUUCGACUGAGCUUGCGCAGCACCACAGUGACCGAUGCGCAAGCUACUCGCCUUGGGUGCAACACAACGCGCAUGCUGCUCUGAGUACACGCGAUGGUACCAAAGUCAUGGGCGAAUGGUGGGGUGCGCCUUAUUUGAACAAAACCCAAGGAGCUGCACCAAAAUAUGCUGAGUCGAAGCCUGACGGAAGUAUCGAUAUUUGCAAUCAACCUCAAUUACUCGACACAUAUCCUUGGAAGUGCUCCGGCAGUGACUGUGCUCAUGCAAGCGCAUCUAAGCCUCGCCGCACAGUGUACCCGAGACAGGCAGCCGACAACAGGACGGUUGAGACUCAAGCCCAAGGUCUCGCGGUACUCCGAGCUGCGACGGAUCUGACGCUCAUCAAUGGCGGAAGCAGCAGGAAAGUCUAUACCUCGCCGGCAUGACGUGUCACAAGCGUCACACCCAAGGACUGCACACAGCGUCAAUGGAAACGCUUACAGCACCACGUGCGAGUCACAUCGCGACAUCGAAGGUAACAAGUGACAAGUCUCCGAUCGUUUCGCAAGACUUGUCUCACAACUUACUCGGCACACUUUGCACAAACAAACGCACUGCGCAAGGUUUUCCCGCUGGUUUCUGGUCUCUGACAGGCAUCUAGCUUCUACAACAAGUCCUGACUCGUGCUCGUGCUGAGAGGGUCUUCUUCAAAUCACCUCAGCCCACCCCCACCCCACCUUUUGGACGUGAGAGGCCGCACGCUGCACACAGCCCGUCAGCCCAGCUUCUGGAGCUAGAACGACGACACCGGUUCUGGACAAACGCCAACAUUGUUUAGCGCCGACGCCCUCUCAAACACGCGAAGCGCAGCUGCUGCGGCUGCAUAAUCCUCCGGAACAAUUCAGCUAAGGCCGAACAGACGACCACAACACGUUUCGAAGCGCGCGCGAGCUUCCAAUUCCUAUUACUUCCAACAAACUUCACGAAAUACAAUUGUCUUCGAAACUAUAACAUCUUCCAAAACCAAUCUCAUCAACAGUCAAAUCAAAAUGUGUUUCGGCGCCUUCACCGAAGAGGCUGAACUCAACCCCAACCGACGUCCUCUCUACUUUGGCGAUCCACAUCUCGAAUACGUCAAAAAACGCAGUUCCACGACCACGACAUCUGACGGUCGUCCGAGGAGGUCUUCUUCUGUUUAUGUCGCUUCUUCGCGACCGAGGACUGCUUCGUCGCGAUCGCACAAAUCUAAGUCCAAUUCGUAUUCUUCGACGAGAUCGAGUCGGACGCCUUCGAGUCCGGUUUCGCCUAGGCCGCCGAGUGGGUGGAAGAAGAAGUAUUGAGGAUGUGGAUUUUGGGUGAUGGGGGUUUGGGUUGAGGUGUUUUGGAGUGUUGUGAGGUUUUGGAGUGUUGUGGUGUUUGCCACUGAAUGUGAGGAUAUCGGGCCGAUUGGAGUUGGAUGUGGUGUUGAACGGGCAUGUUCGGUUUUGGGC